ACAUGUGUAACCGAUAAAUUUUCAAAACUAACUUGAAAAAGUCUUUUAAAAACAAUAAAAAUGAAUAUAGAACCUGCUGAAAUUAAGAAGUUAGAUGAAGUGGUCAUUAAUCGCAUCGCAGCUGGUGAAAUCAUUCAACGUCCUGCAAAUGCACUCAAAGAAAUGAUAGAAAACAGUCUAGAUGCAAAAUCAAGUAAUAUACAAAUAACAGUCAAAGACGGUGGCCUGAAAUUACUACAAAUACAAGAUAAUGGCACCGGUAUUCGUCUUGAUGACUUCCAGAUCGUCUGCGAGCGUUUCACGACGUCCAAACUUCGCAAGUUCGAAGAUUUGGAGGCGAUUACCACCUAUGGCUUUCGUGGUGAAGCCCUGAGUAGUAUAAGUCACGUAGCACACUUGAACAUUGUUUCCAAGACUCAUUCAUCACCAGUUGCAUAUAGUGCAUCAUAUGUUGAUGGCACAAUCAAAGCAGAUCCCAAACCAAUGGCAGGCAAUCAAGGCACAAUUAUCACAGUUGAAGACUUAUUCUAUAACAUGUCAGUGAGGAGAGGAGCACUGAGAAGUCCGGGUGAAGAAUAUUCAAAAGUUGCUGAUGUUGUUGGAAAAUAUGCUGUGCACAACUCUAGCGUAGGUUUCAGUUUGAAAAAGACUGGAGAUUCUAUUGAUAUUCGAACAAUGCAAAACUCUUCAACUGUGGAUAAUAUUCGAGUUGUUUUUGGACAAGCUAUAGCCAAAGAAUUGAUGGAGUUCUCAGCGAAUGAUGACGCGUUCAAGUUUGCUGUCAACGGACACAUAACGAAUCUGAAUUAUUCAUCGAAGAAAAUGCAAUUUGUGCUCUUCAUCAAUCACCGGCUUGUCGAGUGUCUCAGUCUCAAGCGACGAAUCGAUCAGAUUUACACCACAUAUCUACCGAAAAACGCGCAUCCUUUUGUCUACUUGAGCCUCGAGAUCGACCCGCGCAACGUUGACGUGAACGUACAUCCGACGAAACAUGAAGUUCAUUUCUUGAACGAGGAUCAGAUCGUUGACAUGAUCGGCGUGGCUUUGGAAGCGAAGCUGUUAAGUGGCAAGGAGUCACGUUCAUUUUACGCUCAGACGAAAUUACCUGUGACUAUUUUAAACACUACUAGUUGUGAUAAAGCAGAUGAAGCGGGUACAAGUAAAAUUUACGAUAAGGAUUUAGUUCGGACUGAUAUGCGUGAACAAAAACUCGAAAAAUUCUUUGGUCCGGCUUCGCAAACACAAAAUGACAGCGCUAAUUUCAUUGCACAAAAAUCACGACAUAAAGUCCGCCUCCGUAGCGUGCUGGACAUGCAGAAAGCGAUCGAGGAUGACUGCGAUUCAGCGCUGCGCGAAAUUUUCGCCGAGCAUGUAUUCGUCGGCGUUGCGACGCCGAGGCAGGCACUGGUGCAGCACCGUGUGCGACUGCUCGUAAUCGAUACGGAGCGCUUGAUGCGCGAGCUGUUCUACCAGUGCGUGGCGUACAAUUUUCAAAACUUUCGCUGUUAUCGCUUCGCUACACCGCUGGACAUUAAGGAAUUAGCGCUGAUUGCGUUAAAUAUGGCCGACACUGGCUGGACACCAGAGGAUGGACCCAAGGAAGACUUGGCAGAGAAUACAGCGGGGAUUUUAAUCGCGAAAGCGGAAAUGUUGCGCACUUAUUUCGAGAUUGAUAUUGAUAAUGACGGUAAAAUACAUACAAUACCGAUUUUGAUAGAUGGACAUGCACCGUUAGAAAGUGCAUUACCGCGGUAUAUUAUUAGAUUAGCUUGUGAAGUAAAUUGGGAUGAAGAAAAACCGUGUUUUGAAAGUUUUGCAAGAGAAACAGCGGAGUAUUAUGCGACGUCACCCGGCGCUGUCACAGACGAAUGGCGACACACGGUCGAACAUGUGUUGUACUCUUUUGCGAAGGAGUAUUUUCUACCGCCCGCGCAUUUCAAGACCAAUGGCGCACUGUUGGAGGCGGCAAAUUUACCGCAAUUGUAUAAAGUCUUCGAGAGAUGUUAAAAUACAUUCAUUAAACUAAUAAACAACUAUUUUAUAUUUUUUCAUAAAAAAUCAAA